AUGGGGGACAACCAAUCACUGGUCACAGAAUUCAUCCUGGUUGGAUUCCAGCUCAGUGUGGAGAUGGAAGUGCUCCUCUUCUGGAUCUUCUCCCUGUUCUAUCUCUUCAGCCUGCUGGCAAAUGGCAUGAUCUUGGGGCUCAUCUGUCUGGAUCCCAGACUGCACACCCCCAUGUACUUCUUCCUCUCACACUUGGCCGUCAUUGACAUAUCCUAUGCUUCCAGCAAUUUGCUCAACAUGCUGGAAAACCUAAUGGCUUUGUAUUUGACUUUUGCUGCUGCAGAGUGCAGGAUUUUGGUGGUGAUGUCCUAUGACAGAUUUGUGGCAAUCUGCCAUCCCCUGCAUUACACUGUCAUCAUGAACUGGAGAGUGUGCACAGUCCUGGCUGUUACUUCCUGGGCAUGCGCAUUUUCCCUGGCCCUCAUAAAUCUAAUUCUCCUUCUGAGGCUGCCCUUCUGUGGGCCCCAGGAGGUGAACCACUUCUUCUGUGAAAUUCUAUCUGUCCUCAAACUGGCCUGUGCAGACACCUGGAUUAAUGAAAUUUUUGUCUUUGCUGGUGGUGUGUUUGUCUUAGUUGGGCCCCUUUCCUUGAUGCUGAUCUCCUACAUGCGCAUCCUCUUGGCCAUCCUGAAGAUCCAGUCAAAGGAGGGCCGCAAGAAAGCCUUUGCCACCUGCUCCUCUCACCUCUGUGUGGUUGGGCUUUACUUUGGCAUAGCCAUGGUGGUUUACCUGGUCCCAGACAACAGUCAACGACAGGAGCAGCAGAAAAUUCUCACCCUGUUUUACAGCCUUUUCAACCCAUUGCUGAACCCCCUCAUCUACAGCCUGCAGAAUGCUCAGGUGAAGGGUGCCUUAUACGGAGCACUGCAGGAAAAGAGGACCUGUGAACGAGGGGAGAAUUUUGGUUCAGUUGAUCUACCUUUAUGA